UCUUAUUCCCGGGAACUAUUAGCGUUGUUAAGAACCAUGUUACAUCUUUUCUUCAAGGUACUGGCUGCCAUUUUGCUCAUGGCAUCUUCAGCCGCUGCAGCGGAAGGAGAAAGAGUCUUGGGGGGAAAACCAUGUCUGCCCAAUUCCCAGCCGUGGCAGGCUGCCCUAUUCUCGGGAUGCAGGCUAAUCUGUGGAGGGACCCUCAUUCACCCAUCUUGGGUGGUCAGUGCUGCUCACUGCAGAAGGUCAUCCAUUUUCCCUGUGCGUCUUGGAGAACACCAUCUCAGGCGCAUAGAUUGGUCGGAACAGCUCAAGUUAUCAUCAAAAGCCAUUGUGCAUCCUGACUACAACCGGCGGACCUUGAACAAUGAUAUUAUGCUGAUUAAACUGCUGACCCCGGUUACCUUAAAUGACAAAGUCAAAGUUCUGAAUUUGUCUACCAGUUGCCCGGAGUCUGGAACCAAAUGCCUCAUUUCAGGAUGGGGUACAACAAGCAGCCCACAACCCAGCUAUCCAGAUGUUCUACACUGUGCCAACAUCACCAUCAUCAGUCACGAUGUUUGCCGAUCGAUUUAUCCCAGUUAUAUCAGUGAAAAUAUGGUCUGUGCUGGCAAGAUGGAGGGAGGAACAGAUUCUUGCCAGGGUGAUUCAGGCGGACCCUUGGUCUGCAAUGGGAAGCUGCAAGGCAUUGUAUCCUGGGGACCCUACAUAUGCGCACAGCCAAAUAUGCCAGGAGUUUAUGUUAAUGUCUGCAAAUACAUUGACUGGAUCCAGGAGACUAUCCAAAAUAACUGAGGA